AUAUUCCAUUUGUUUAUCAACGUGACAAGAAAUAAAUUCUAUAGAAAAAUUAAUGACAGAAGAAAGCAAGGCUCAAGAAAUAAAUAAACGUCCUCAAUUUGGGAAUCGAUUUCUUCCUAAAAAUGAUGACAACGAAGAUGUUGUUUAUUCGCAGAACGCUUGGAGAACAAUAUUUGAGAUUGGAUCAGGUGUCGGAAAUACUGUUUUUCCGAUACUUAAAUACAACGACCCUAAUGAAAAUCUCAUGAUUUACGCAUCUGAUUUCUCGUCACAAGCAAUUGAAAUUCUUAAAGUAAGUCCAGAAUACGAUGAAAAAAGAUGCAAUGCCUUUGUUCUUGAUGCAACUGCUGAUGAAUGGCAAGUGCCGUUUGCUGAAAAUUCGAUUGACAUCAUUGUGUUGAUUUUCGUACUGUCAGCAAUAAACCCAGAAAAAUUCCCGAAAAUUGUCAAUAACUUAUUCAAGUAUUUAAAACCUGGUGGUUUAGUAGUGUUUAGAGAUUAUGGACGUUAUGAUCUCGCACAACUUCGAUUCAAAAACGGAAAAUGCCUUCAAGAAAACUUUUACCUUCGAGGAGACGGCACACGUUGCUACUUUUUUACACAAGAAGAACUUCGUGAAUUAUUUCAAUCAAAUGGCUUCGUUGAAGAAUACAAUGGAGUUGAUCGAAGACUUCAAAUUAAUCGAGGGAGAAUGUUGAAAAUGUAUCGAAUUUGGAUUCAAUAAAUUCUGUCAAGAAAUUACGAUAAAAAUUUAAAUGUUAGAAGCUUUUGGGGAGAUUGGGCGACUAAGAAAGGCGAUAAUUAUGCCAGCGACAUGUAUCGAAUCAAUGUUUAUUAUGAAAUAAAUGGAGUCAACAUGAAAAAACCUGUUUUGUUGAAGCUUAUGCCAGAUGAAGGAAUUCAAUCAAUUGUAAUGGAAAAAAAUAAUCUCUACCCUCGUGAAAUUCAAGUUUAUUCUGAGCUUUUGAUUGAAUGUGAGAAUUUAUUACUCGCAUGUAAUGAUCCAAUUCAGUUUGCACCAAAAUGUUUGUACACGUCGUUUGAACCGAAAAGCCUGUUAAUGUUUGAAGAUAUGAGAGAUAAAGGCUACAAAGGAUUUCCGAGAAACUCCCAAAUAAACUUUAAUCAAGCUUUGCCAAUUCUUAUAAAGUUAGCGAAGCUUCAUGCAACAACUGCAGUUGUGUAUGAGAAGAAACCGGAAAUUAUGAAACUUUAUUUGGAGGGCUCGAUUUCUACAAAUCCUGAACGACAAGAUUUUCUCAUUCAUUAUCGAAAUUGCGCUUCGACUCUUGCUUUGGUGAUUGAGAAUGAAUGGGCACCCGAAUGGAGGAAUACUGCACAUAAAUUAAAGCAACUCGCUGAUGUCAUCGUUCAAAAAGGUUGCGAUCUUUAUCUACGUGAUGAAAAUGCUUUCAAUGUCUUCAAUCACAACGACUUAUGGAUCCCAAACUUAUUGUUCAAAUUUGACGAUAAUAAUUUAAUUCAAGAUGUUCUUUUUGUUGAUUUUCAAUUGAGUUACUUUGGCAGUCCCGGAAUUGACUUGAAUUUCUUUUUCUAUGGAUCACUGAAUGAAGACACAAGAAAAUCUUUCAGACAUAAACUGAUUAGAAUUUAUCACGAAACUUUGGCUGAGACGUUAAAGAAACUCAACUACAUGAAGCCAAUCCCAUCUCUCCACGAUAUUCAAAUUGAAAUGUUGAAGACGGGAAUGAACGGAGUGCUUGCAGCUUUGGCUGAAGUUCCUUUGUUAUUAAUGGAAGAUUCUGAAAACUUGGACUUGAAAACGUUGCUAGCUGACACACCAGAAGCCAAAACUUUCCGCUACAAUCUCUUCAAUAAUCCAAAAUACAGAAAAUUCAUUCAAACUCUUCUACUAGAAUUCGAUGACUUGGGAUAUUUGGAAUGUUAA